UCCGGCUUACUGGAGAGGAUUACACAGUAGUGAAGAAGUCCUCUAGUGGGCGCUGUCGGGCCCCUGGGUGUGAAGGAUGGGCAAGAAACCUGAGCCCAAUCCCAGGACCCCCACCUCACUCCCUGAUACAUGAGGAAAUGGAUGAACAGAAGAUCCUAGAACUCAUCAAUAAGAUGAUGGAGCUGCUGACUGGAGAGGUUCCUAUAAGGUGUCAGGAGGGGGCGGUCUAUUUCUCCAUGGAGAAGUGGGAGUAUGUAGAAGGACACAAGGAUCAGUACAAGGAUCAGGUCAUGAUGGAGGAUCAGCAGCCCCUCACAUCACCAGUCAGAUCCAGUAAGAGAACAGCACCAGAGAGGUUUCCCGUGGAGACUUAA